AUGGCCAUCACGGCCGACGAGCGUAUCGAGGCCGUCCGGACCAGGUUCUUGCAAUUGAUGUGCCGAUACAGGGACACCGACAACAUGUACGCAAUGCCGCUUGCAGACGACAUCAAUCUCAUGACCCAGUGUUUCCUCGACCUGCCGUCUUCCGGAGCAGAUGCUCACCGUUAUGCUCAGUUGGACAGAAACAUGGGGAUCUUUGGUUUGUACCUGGCCAUGACCGGCUACCACAUGCUCGAAACACAGAAGGAGCUAGAGAGUACGCGACAACCCGCGUGGGUGCGAGAGAGGUGGCUGAGGAUGAAGGCAAGACAUCGGAUACGAGUGGACCAAGCGUCACGAGCAGCAGCAAGCCCGUCGAGUACGCAAUCAAUGAGUCAGUACACAGUGUCGAAGCGGAAACUUCGAGCAACUCCUCUCCAGAGCAGGAAGCCGAUGCCGAAGAAACGAAAGGGUCAAGCGAUUUCAACCUGAAUAUCGAAUUGCAAAAGCAAGGCGUCGACGAAGAUGAGGUGGGUGUUCUGAGGAGAAGGAGUUCCAAUACUUCCACCAGGAAAGAUGGCAUACUCGACACCCAAGGAGGCGAAAGCUCUUCAGAAGCGUCUGACAAUCCCGGGAUAAGUCAAAGGGCCGAAGACGACAAGACACAGGUCGCUCGCCGCCUCGUAAGAUAUCCAAUGUCUACUCGAAAGGCCGUUCAGCAAGGAGAAGAAAGGUCGGCGGAGUCAAGGCAAGCUCGAGAACCAACACGACUGAAGGAAGGCGGCGAGUUCAGUCCGGAAUACUACGACCGUUAUGUGAGGCAUGGGACUGACCGUCAGCGUCGCCGUCUACGGGCCUAUGAACAUCAGAAGGAGCGCCACAAUUACGCAACAUUGAGCGACUGGCGACUUGUACUGCAACGUCUCGAGAACCUCACGCCUCCGACUGCCGAAAGCUUCAAAAAGAAGCUUGAAACUGUGCGGCUUCCUCAAGGUAUUGUUGGGGUCUUCCGGGGCAACGCAGGCGCGACCAUUCUAGAGAUUGCGCAGAGAACAGGCAGUCAGGUUCAAGUGAUCGGACGCCGGGGGCGCUCGGUUGGAAGCAGAGAUGCGUUUUCCGCCCUCAGCUUUCUAGGAUCAAGGCUGGAGAACGAUCGAGCACUCGCAAUCAUACCUGAUUACGUGGACAUGCUGGCAGCCGAAGACGUCAAUGCAAGCCCAGACUGGUCAGACUACGACGUUGAAAGAUCAAGUAAGGAUGCGGUUGGGCUCGAUACGUCUACCAAAAAGGGUAACGAGAAUGGCUUGGCGGCAAGAAGUAUCGACGAACUGUCUACUUUCGAUGUCGAAGAUCUCGAGGAUGCAUUGGACGACAUUACCGAAAGAAAUGGCGAAGUCUCUCUUCCAACACGUGCAGUAUGGUCCCUGGACCGACUCCAGGCGCGCGAUGCUGCCCAGGAGAGCUCGCAGAGCCUGCAAGAUAAAUCUGCUAUCUCUGUGGACGCCUUUGUCAAGGCCAUCACGAGACCUAUUCCAGCACUGGUUGGGAGAAAGCUCUACACGAAGCUACCCGGCACAUGCAAAGACCAUGUGAAUGUCACCACAGAAAGACUAGUGAGCUUAUUCAGUGAUCCUGAGGUCGUUGCCAACGUUCCCUCUUCAGCAGUCACUCGGGCCAUCACAUUCUUGAUGAAAUAUCAGAAGUCAACGGAAUUUCGCGAAGUGUACUCCUCUCUUCAAGAUGGCGGAUAUAUCUUUGAUGCGACUAAUUUGAAUGCCUGCCUUGCCGCGGCGGCAAAGCAUGGUGACUUGCCGAAUUUUCGCAUCACGCUCACGACGAUGUGGCGGCAAGGUAUACAACCGACACCAAUGACGUGGGCAUAUUUCCAUCGGCUCAUGUGUCGGCGCUUCCCGUUGGAAGCUGGCAUCGUUCUGGAGGCCAUGCGUAAGCGUGGUCUCUUGCUCGACAACCACACGGCCAAUGCCAUUACCGUCAACAUGGUUGAAAACGAUCUCACCUCCCACUUGGCUCUCCGAGGCAGCCUGGACGCUUUCUACCGACUCUACGACAAUCGGUUCAGAAGCAUUCUCCGCCGCGAUGACUUCAACUGGCUUGUCCCAAACGUGGCUCGGGAGAUGGCUAAGCCAUUACUGGCUAUUGGCAAGCCUCAGGAAGCCUGGAGCGUCGUUGAGGAGAUGGAGCGGAGGUGCCAGGAAACAGCGGCCUACAUGCACACCGACGUACUCAAUGUAUUCCUAACUUCUUCGAUGCGUGAAGAAGACUUUUCGUCUGCAAUCAUCUACUUACGCCGCUUUCGCGUUGGCGAUCAUGGUGCGCUGGUGCCAGAUCGCGUAACAUAUGCGAUCCUCUUCACCCUGGCAUGGCGGCAGCGCUCCUGGAAUUUGCUCCGAGUGAUCUGGCGGUACGCAUGUGCCGCUGGCCAUGCGCCAAACAGUACAGUGAUCCGGAUGUGGAUGAGUAUGCUUGCAUGGGAGCCUGGCAAGGAAUCCUCCCCGCGAGCUGCACAGUCAAGAGAGGACAACUCCCCGCCGUCUUGUGAUAAUCUUUGGCAUGCUUGGGCUGGCAAGUUCGCGGCUGGUGCAAGUUCGGGAUUGCAAGCCAUUCCACGUGCCCGCAACCCGACUGUCAGCAAGCACGACUCUCAUUCACAAGGACUUUCCGAAGAUGCUACUGUUGGAAACAUGUGUACAUACGCGUAUUUGAAGCCAAGAGAGCACAAAAUGAUAAAAGCUGCCUCGGAUGAAGUUAUGCCCAAAGGUUCGCAAGGCCAGCAAGAAAGAUAUCAGUGGCUCAGAACCAUGCUGGACCGUGACCUUCAAGUGGUAAACAACCUUGUACCAUCUCUGGGAUUCACAGAGAUGAUAGAGGUUGCUUGGAAUCGGGACCUGGACUGGAAGGAGAGUGGACUUGGAGAGUCGGAGGGCUACGCUGAGCGAGGUAACGACAUGUUCAAGGAAAUGUUGCUGAAGGGCGUCGACGUACCGAUGGAGAUUGGUGAUUUCACACGGGACGCAAGGAGGUGGAACGUGCCUCACGAAAUGAACAGAAUUGACAAAAGAGACGGGCGUGGACCAGACGCGUACGUUCCAUUCUCCUGA